AAGGAAGGAGUGGGUAUUUGUGAUGUUGUGGUUGGCGGUGGUGCACUCUGUGACAGCUCGAUAGGAAAACGGCAAGGAAACUGGUCACUAUACGAAAGCUAGAGACAGACGCAAUCGAAGGGGUGAAGUAGAUUACUGUUAGAUAGUUAGCUCAGCUGACUUAACAAUGCUGGCAGCUGUGCUACGGUGACUGGACUCUGUUGUGAAGGGGGAGCUGAAAUUCGGUUUCCACUUUAAUUUGUUGCGCUAUCGGGAGAUCGCCAGUCAUGGAGAUUACCGAGACAGAGGCCGGGGAGCGCAGGCGGGAGCACUGGAAGCUGCUCUCAAGCCUGAAGACCACGGUGGAGGGGCUUCUUUCCACCAACAACCCCAACGUGUGGUCGCGCUACGGGGGCCUGCAGCGGCUCCACAAAGACAUGAACAACAUCCUGAGCCACGGUCUGAGGCACGAGCAGGUGUUCUGCAAACAGAAGGACUACUGGCCCUUCGUGUGGUGCGUGCGCCACGUCAGCCCCCAUCUGGCGCCGCAUGUCGAGCAGUUCAACAAGCUGGAGCCAGUGGUCACCGGUAGGGUGCAGAGUGCGGGGGAGGGGUACAAGGCAGAGCGCUGGCUGCUGCACAGUCUGCAGAUCCACUGUCUGUCCGUCCAGCUCAGACCCCUGCUGGAACAUCAGGCUCUCGUGCGCAAGCACUACAACGAUGAGGCCUUUAUUCUGAGCGAACCCCACGUUUCGGCCAUGUUCCAGUGUCUGGAGGCUGUGGAGCAGAAUAACCCACGUCUGCUGGCCCUCAUUGACACGUGCAGGUUGUCCCACCUGAAGGAGCCUCCUUUUGGCCUGCUGAAGAGCCAGAGCUUGAAUGUGCUGCCGGGGGCCCAUAGCAACCUGCACUGCCGGCUCACCUCAUCCCAGGCCUCCCUUAGAGAUGGUCUUCCAGGUGCCCCUCUCUCAGGAAGUUCUCUUGGGCUCCCCUGGGUGUGUGUGGUCGGAGAUUCGGGGCCGACGGACUCCAGCGCCUCUCAGGGGGUCCAGGCGAGCCCACAGGCGGAGCCGGUGUCCGGGGGGGAGCCGGGGGGGGACGGGGAUUUCGACGACGGGCCGGAGUACCUGGCCAUCGGGAACCUGGGACAGCGGAGUCGCCGCGUCUCCUCCAGCUCCACCUCCAGUGAACCGGGGGAGGGGCCUGCGGCAAGGCAGGGAUUAAUGGCUCCGCCCACAACACCUCGCAGCUCCUCCUUCUCCGAAGGCCAGGGGGGACCCGGCCGGGGCUGCAGGGGUCACGCACGGUCACUGUCUGACACGGACGUCACGGGCGUCACCCACAACAAGCACAACCAAGGAGGGAAUCACAGGAAAAUCAGCGUAAUAAUAGAGGAUCCUGUAGCAGAGUCGGCUGGUGAAGUUUGUAGGGUGAAGGAAUACGGGGCUUUCUCUCCGCUGAGCAGCGACAGCAGCACAGCCAGUUCUCUGUACAUGGAGUCAGAUGGCUGCCAGGGCAGCAUGUCCGACGGCUUGUUCCGAAGGCCGUCGAAGGGGCAGAGCCUCAUCAGCUACCUCUCGGAGCAGGACUUCGGCAGCUGUGCGGACCUGGAGAAGGAGAACGCCCACUUCAGCAUAUCCGAGUCGCUCAUCGCCGCCAUCGAGCUGAUGAAGUGCAACCUGCGCCGACGGGAGGAGGAGGAGGACGACGACAGCGACUGCGAGAUCCAGCAGCUGAAGCAGAAGAUCCGGCUGCGCAGGCAGCAGAUCCGCAACGUGCGGCUGCAGCCCGGAGGGCUUCCGCAGCGCGUUUUCCACUCCACCGACAGCGGCGAGUCUGGCCGGAGCUCCCAGAAUUCCCUGCACCUGUCGGACUCCGGCUCGGCCGAGGAAGUGGAAGAGUGUGAGCUGAAAGAUGACAGUGAGGGUGGGUCCCUGAUGGUGAUGUCUCGGAACGGGCUGUCUCUGUCACUCGCCUCCCUUUUCUCAGACGCCGACAUCAAGCGCAGCGUGACGUGCGCCAGCACCAGCAGGUCGUUCCUGAGCUCGGAGUCCGUCUCCCACUCCUUCCUGCAGUCCAACUCGGCCGAGUCGGUGGCCAUGGGGCUGCUGCGGCAGUUCGAGGGCAUGCAGCUGCCGGCCGCCUCCGAGCUGGACUGGCUGGUCCCGGAGCAGGAUGCUCCCCAGAAGCUCCUUCCAAUCCCAGACUCGCUACCCAUCUCCCCUGACGAUGGUGAGCACGCUGAUAUCUACAAGCUGCGGAUCCGGGUUCGAGGAAACCUGGAGUGGGCCCCACCCCGACCUCAGAUCAUCUUCAACAUCCACCCGGCCCCCAAGAGAAAGGUGAUUGUGGCCAAGCAGAACUACCGGUGCGCUGGCUGCGGGAUCCGGGUCGACCCAGACUACAUAAAGAGACUGCGCUACUGCGAGUACCUGGGCCGGUACUUCUGCCAGUGCUGCCACGAGAACGCCCAGGCCGUGGUGCCCGGCCGGGUACUCAGGAAGUGGGACUUCAGCAAGUACCCCGUCAGCAACUUCGCCCGAGACCUGCUGGGCAAGAUCGCCGGAGAUCCCCUCUUCAACCUCAGUGAUAUCAACAACGCCCUCUACAAGAAGGUCAAGGCGCUGGAGACUGUGCGGCUCCUGAGGGUGCAGCUAUAUCACAUGAAGAACCUGUUCAAGACUUGUCGUCUGGCUAAAGAGGUGCUCGACGAGUUUGACAGUAUUCCAGGUCACCUGACUGAAGACCUGCACCUCUGCUCCCUUAACGACCUCGGUGCUGUGCGCCGCGGCGAGCUCGCCCCCCGGCUGCGACAGCUGCUGAAUUUGGGUUCCGUGCACGUUGAUGGCUGUGUGCUCUGCCAAGCAAAGGGAUUUGUUUGUGAGUUCUGUAGCAAUGACAAGGACAUCAUCUUCCCCUUUGAGCUUAACAAAUGCCAGCGUUGUGAAGACUGCAAGGCGUGCUACCACAGAGGCUGCUUCAAAAGCGGCAAGGAGUGCCCGCGCUGCCAGCGGCUGGCGGAGCGGCGGGAGAGGCUGGCGCGGAAGAUCAUGGACGAGCAGGAGGACGACGCGGAGGACGAGGGCGGGGGGAGCUCGUAGGGAAGGAGAGACGGAGGACGGGGGGGGGAGGGCAGCACAGUCAGGCCCUCUCCUCAGCCCUCCGCCGCUCUCCUCGUUUCCCUCCCGACCCCGGACACUGGGAAGUGCGCCCCCUAGUGGACACGCAUCGGAUUCGCCGGCUUCAAGGGCUUAAGGUCGGCUGCGGUAGAAAUAUUACAUGCUUUAUGUGAGGUAUGGUCGCUACGCUUUAGUAUCCCGAAUCUCAAAGGUUGUAAUUAGACCUGCCUAUUUAGAUUUGUGUUUUUGUUGCUGAUCUGGUGGGGUGUGAACUGUUCUUUUUUAUAAUUAGGUUGUUAGUAUGAAAAUGGAUUCACUUUCUUUUUAUCACGGCAAGAAAAAAUAACAAACAAAAAAAAAAUGCGCAUAAAAUAAAUCUGCUGCAUAGUAACACUACAUUUGGCCUGCUGAAUCACGGAGACAACUAGUUCUUUUUCGUAGAUGCUAAAGACUAAAGACGUAAUAUUUCAACCCCAAGCCUACAUAAGCCCUUUUAAGCUCCCUAAUGCUUGUCCCGCUCCUCCGCCCUGUUGCUGUGCAGCUCAUAGGAGUGGCAAAGAAGGCAAAAGGCUGCACUGCACUACGGGAUUGCUAUGCGGCUAACCUAGAAAGACCGGUGGAGUGUGCGUGUAAAAAGGGAGGGAGGGAGAGGGCGAGUAUGCAAGAGAGAGAGAGAGAGAGAAAGAGAGAGAAGUGCACUUACGGAGAUUCCUGGAGAUUCUCUUCCUGUUUGCGUCUGCGUCCGUCCUGGCCAGACCGCAUCGAUGCUUGAAUGUUCGGCGUGCAGGUGCACUUUUGAUUCUUUCGGAGUUUCUUCUUUUUUUUUUUUUUUUUUUUGAAAAAUGCUGUGUUGCUGCAUUUUAUUUAUUUCCAUUGCACUGGCUGAGACUACGAGGGGUCAGAAACGCCGCAUUGCUUGUGCAGACGUAGACGUUAAGGGGAUAGCUCACCCAAAAAAUGAAUUCUGCUCAUUCUCCUUUUCCUCACUUUUCUCAUUGACCCAACAGUAACAGCCAUCUGCAGUGGACUUUUUUGGAGUCAGUCAGAAAGGUUCCCCAAAGCCUCAUAUGAACGGAAGUCUAUUAACAAGGAGGAUCUAGUCAAAGAUCUGCUUUGAGAUGCAAAAAAUAGUAAAAACUGAACAGAUGCACAUUCUACAUUUUACUUUUGAAUACCAUAGUACAACUGUUCCAUAGAUUGUGUUCUUCUGCACAAAUCAGGCAAUACACUGAAAAGUACCACAUAGUGACUGAUUACCUAGCAGCCUUCAGCCUUCAAAUAAAAUAGUUUCCAGCUUUCUAUGUAAUCAGUGACUGUUUGUAGUACCUUUAACAGUAAAUCUUGCCUCGCUAAUAUGCAAAUACAUAAUCUGCAGUUGUACUACAAUUUAAAAGAAUUCUUUCCCCAGGAUCAAAUAAUGUAGCGUACGCAGCUGGUUAGUCACUUAGGUUGUUAGCAAGACUGAUGAAAUAAGAUCAUUUGAGAGGUUAUAUAUGCAAUGCAUAAGGCUGUAACUGUUCAUAUCAUCCUCCAUGUGUUUGCAUCCCAUUUGCAUCCUUUUUUUUUUGCAAAUUAUUGCUUUUUAAAAAUCUAUUUGGUUAUUUCAUAGAUCUUUUAAAUAAUUGCUUUCGCUGGGCCUUUCUUACCACUAGACUUCUAUUCAUUUUUAUGUGAAACCACAUGGAACCAUUUUGGCGGACUGUAAGAUCUGCAACAACAAAAACAGACACUGCAGAAAGCUGUCAUUGUCUAGUCAGAAUGCAUUUCUUGAGGUAAGAAAAUGAAUGGGUAGCAUUCAUUUUAAUGAUGAACUAUCCCUUUAACGGUUCUGUGGGCGACCGAUGAUCUAUUUUGUUUCGGUGGUGGUGGGGAUACAUUAACAGUGCUUGAUUGUUCUAACUUGUUGGUUCCAAUAGAGGUGGGCAUUUGCCCAACUACGAGACAUUCUUUCACCGAUCGCCACCUCUUUGUUUCAUGAAGCAUAUAUUUGUCUGAUGUAUUAAAAUCAUUCCUAUUAUAUAGCCUGUUUUAUACUAAUUUCAGCCUCUUGACUGACUGUCAUUGACAGGGAUAUUACCAGGAUAUAUAAGUGUGUGCUUUCACAUGAUGAUCUCAUUCCUUGCUAGCAGUGAAGCACCAAUAUUAAAGUCUCUGUUGGCCAUUUUAAUGGAGUACUUUAUAUGCAUAGGAAAAUACCAAACUGUUAUCCUUGUACAGUGAAUGAGAUUCUUUUGAUGGGUCAUGACUGUUUGGUUUGUGGAGAGAGCAAGGGGAGCUGGCGUGAGAAUGGCAAAAGAUGCUGUGGUGGUGUGUGUGUGUGUGUGUGUGUGUGUGUCUGCGUGCGUGUGCAUGUAUGAUACCUUCUUUGUCCCAUAGGGUGAGGAUACAGUGGGAAGGAAUUUUCCUGCGACCUUUAACCUUUCCCAUCAUGCUCUGCGCUUCAUAUAGGUAGACUACAAGGAGUGACACUUGCUUUUAGGACAGUAUGUUUACUCCAUGAUUAAAGGCGUGUUUUGGAGGCAUUGGUCAUCGUUUGGUUGAAAUGUCAUGGGUCAGCAAUGAAGUAAACAUUUUACCGCAAGUGUUGCGCAUUUUAUUCUAUUUGUGUGUAGAAUUAUUGUUUUGAUGUAGCACCUCUGCUCGGUGGUUUAUGCAAAGACUCCAAACAGCCCUUUCCUGCUCGUAUCCGAGUACAGGCUGAUUGAGUCGAGCGCAGGUGCUCGUCAAAUCCUUAACGACCAUAAAGCACUGAUUUCUUUAAAGGGACAGAGGCGGGCUAAACCAAUCUGUUCAACUCUGUUAUUUAGGAGUGGGUUUCGCCCCAUGCUAUAGCUGCUUAAGAAAUACUGUACGUACUGUUUAAAUCAGUGGCUAUCAGUUCUCUGUUCUGUCCUGCUGAAUUUCCCCUCAGCCUUGUGUGAAUUCAAAUUUGUCUUUAUAUACUAAGCUGCCUUUUUGUGUUGAAAUGAAGUGCACUACCGAGGAACCAUCCUGAAUAUUUCUGUAAAUUAUUUCUUUGAAUUGUAAUAAUAAUAUUGACAAUAAAGAAUUGCGCUGCCAUGUA